AUGGCGCUGAGAUACUUCUUAGCCAUCCCGGUUAAAGCCUGGCAGGAAAUGAAGGCUGACUAUGAGAGAGAGAUUCCAGUUCGCAUGAAGAGGCCUGUCUUUUCUGCAGACCCAGAGUCGGCAGCGUUGGCGAGCAUGUGCAAUCGAGCACCUCAGCUGGGGCUUUCCGUGUCCAUGCAGCACAAACGCCAGCCACGGAAGCUUGCGGCAGAGCUGUACACAGAGAGCUUGGUUUUGCUUUCCGUUUCUCUGUCGGAGAGCGGGGCAACGCAGGGGCACAAACUACGGAUGCUGAAUGACACCUUGCAGCUGCAUGAAUGUCACUUCGGCCCCGACAUGGAAGGGGAGGCCCAGCUAGGUCUGAUGGAGACUUCAAUUUGCACCUGCGAGUGGUGGCCAGCUACAUUGCAAGUGGCAUCCACAGAAGAGACGGUCCUGAAGAGCAUGCAGUCCAGUGAGGAGACGGCGUCUUGGACACUCUACAUGCUUGUGUCCAAGUCCGAAAGCGACGAGUGUGGUCUUGCUCCUCUCCAGGUUGGACAGUUCAUGGCCACGAACACCAAGGAUGCAAAUCCGGAGGUCUACAAACAAAUGGCAAUUCUGUUUUCUUCGCAGCACGCCGCCGUUAUCACGGCAGUGCUGCAAAGCAAGAAUGCCAAACUUCAAGUCAAGGUCAUGGAGAUCAAGGUCAAGCCGGAAGUCUUGCGGAAGACAGAGGUGCUGAAGUUCACUCAGAUCACACGAUUCGAGAGCACACUUUGUGACCACUGGCUGGUGAACGGGCCUGGGCAGGGAUCUGCCGUUCUUCCGCUCUUGCUGGACUUGGCUGUUUUUGCCACGACGCGCGUGUGCAUGAUGGAAAUUUCUGCUGGCGACCCCCAGCCACUCACUGCUUUGAACAGCGGAAGGGAUGAGUUUGAGCUUCAAGCGUUGCAGAACGAUGCCCUGACACUGCUGACACGAUUGCAGGAACUGGAGGAGGAGAAACACUCGGUGGAGCGCAAAAAGAAAAUUGUAGAUGAUUUGAUCAGGGCCAGAGCCGAGAAGCGGGACCCCGUGUCCCUGCGGAACUUCGGAAUGGUGGGCUCCUUAACUGCGGCUGCUGGCGCCAAUCUCAUUGAGAACAACUUGGACGCCGUACCAUCCUCCAGGAAAGUCUGGCGAAGUUUUCAACUCGAGAGAGGAGGCUGGGCAUUGAGAAGAACCCACUUAUUCAAUGUGCCAAGCGACUCGGAGAUCAGGAGGAGCUCAUGCUGGAGGUACCCGAUCUGA